CCUUGUCCCACCUUCCAACUUCCAAUACUUGAGAGUAUAGACAAGAAUUUGCGGCCACACUCAAAAUGGCGGAAACGUGGAGGCGGGGACGCAAGUGGAAGCGGACGUACGUGUGCUGUCCACAUGUGCUUCUGCCAGAGUGGUGAAAAGGGCCCUGGUUCACGGUGUUUGCAGAGUUAGGUAGGGAACGGAGAGCGGAAUUUAGUGGUCCAGAAGGUCCGGAAAGAGACGUUCCAGUUUUUACUCUGUCCCCAGACCGAGUGACACUCCCCCCGUUUCACCAUGGGCAAGAAGGGCAAGGUCGGGAAGAGCCGGCGGGACAAGUUCUAUCACCUGGCGAAGGAGACCGGUUACCGCUCCCGUUCCGCUUUCAAGCUGAUCCAGUUGAAUCGCCGCUUUCAUUUCCUGCAGAAAGCUCGAGCCUUGCUGGACCUGUGUGCUGCGCCAGGGGGAUGGUUGCAGGUGGCUGCUAAGUUUAUGCCUGUAUCCAGCCUUAUUGUAGGAGUGGACCUGGUUCCAAUCAAGCCUCUUCCCAAUGUGGUGACACUCCAGGAGGACAUCACGACAGAACGCUGUAGGCAGGCCCUGAGAAAGGAACUGAAGACCUGGAAAGUUGAUGUCGUGCUCAAUGAUGGGGCCCCCAACGUUGGGGCUAGCUGGGUCCAUGAUGCUUACUCACAAGCCCAUUUGACACUGAUGGCUCUGCGUUUGGCUUGUGAUUUUCUGGCCCGUGGAGGCUGCUUCAUCACAAAGGUUUUUCGUUCCCGUGACUAUCAGCCUCUACUGUGGAUCUUUCAGCAACUCUUCCACCGUGUCCAGGCCACUAAGCCCCAAGCCUCUCGACAUGAAUCUGCAGAGAUCUUUGUUGUUUGCCAAGGAUUUCUGGCUCCUGACAAGGUUGACAGUAAAUUCUUUGACCCCAAGUUUGCCUUCAAGGAGGUCGAAGUUCAGGCCAAGACUGUUACCGAGUUGGUGACUAAGAAGAAGCCAAAGGCUGAGGGUUAUGCUGAGGGCGAUCUCACACUCUACCACCGUACUUCAGUCACUGACUUCCUGCGAGCUGCCAACCCUGUUGACUUCCUCUCCAAAGCCAGUGAAAUCUCACUGGAUGAUGAAGAGUUGGCCCAGCAUCCAGCUACCACUGAGGACAUCCAGGCGUGCUGUCAGGAUAUCAAAGUGCUGGGGCGCAAGGAGCUCAGGUCCCUCCUGAACUGGAGAACAAAGCUCCGGCGAUACGUGGCUAAGAAGCUGAAGGAGCAAGCGAAGGCCCUGGACAUCAGCCUCAGUUCCGGAGAGGAGGAGGAGGAGGAGGGUGAGGAGGAGUCUAAGGCUGGAACUGGGCAGCAGCUCUCUAAGGAGGACGAAGAGGAGGAACAAUUAAACCAGACCCUAGCGGAGAUGAAGGCGCAGGAGGUGGCAGAAUUAAAGAGGAAGAAAAAGAAGCUGCUGCGUGAGCAGAGAAAACAGCGGGAGCGUAUGGAGCUAAAGAUGGAUCUUCCCGGGGUUUCUAUCGCAGAUGAGGGGGAGACUGGCAUGUUCUCCCUGCGCACCAUCCGGGGUCACCAGCUGUUGGAGGCGGUCACACAAGGGGAUAUGAGUGCUGCAGACACAUUUCUGUCCGAUCUGCCAAGGGAUGACAUCUACGUGUCCGAUGUUGAGGACGAUGACGACAACGCAUCUCUGGAGAGUGACCUGGAUCCAGAGGAGUUGGCUGGAGUUGGAGGAUCUCAGCAUCUAAAGGACCAAAAGCGUGUACGAUUUGCUGAAGUAGAAGAUGAUAAAAAAGAAGAGGAAGAAGAGAAUCCACUGCUGAUACCGCUGGAGGAAAAGAUGGUAGCGCAGGAAGAACAAGCCAGUCUGUGGUUCUCUAAGGAUGGCUUCAGUGGGAUCGAGGAUGAUGCCGACGAGGCACUGGAGAUCCGGCAGGCCCAGCUACUGUCUGAGAGCCGUCGGAAGGGGCGACAGCAGGGGCCGCAACCACCUCCCAGUCUGAAGACUGAGAAGAAACCUCCCCAGGACCAGGAGGAAGACCCUAAGGGGCCAGAGGCUCGAGCAGCAGCCAAGACGGCCCCUGGGCCCGGCAAGGAAGGGGACGGCAGCUCGGACAGUGACAGCGACAGCAGCAGCGAUGAAGAAAGUUGGGAACCCAAGCGCAGGAAGAAGCGAAGCUGCGGGCCUAAGUCCGAUGACGACGGGUUUGAAAUUGUGCCUAUCGAGGACCCAGCGAAACAUCAGGUACUAGACCCUGAAGGCCUGGCCCUAGGUGCUCUCAUUGCCUCUUCCAAAAAGGCUAAGCGGGAUCUCAUAGAUGACUCCUUCAGCCGGUACGCAUUUAAUGAGGAGGAGGGGGAGCUUCCUGAGUGGUUUGUGCAAGAGGAAAAGCAGCACAGGCUCCGGCAUCUGCCUGUUGACAAGAAGGAGGUGGAACACUACCGCAGACGCUGGAGGGAGAUCAACGCGCGGCCCAUCAAGAAAGUAGCCGAGGCGAAGGCCAGAAAGAAACGGAGGAUGCUGAAGAAGCUGGAGCAAACCAAGAAGAAGGCAGAGGCUGUGGUGAACACCGUGGACAUCUCAGAACGCGAGAAAGUGGCUCAGCUUCGGAGUCUCUACAAGAAGGCCGGGCUCGGCAAGGAGAAACGCCAAGUCACCUAUGUGGUAGCCAAAAAAGGCGUGGGCCGCAAAGUGCGCCGGCCAGCUGGGGUCCGAGGCCACUUCAAGGUGGUAGACUCAAGGAUGAAGAAGGACCAAAGAGCACAGCAAAGGAAAGAGCAGAAGAAAAAACACAGACGGAAGUGAGCAGAGCCACCAGGACCCCUGAGAAAACAGUGUGAGGACACGGAGGUGUGAUUCCGGUCCCCCUGGUACCAGUUACAGGCUUCCUUGUGUCGGAGUCUGCUGGGAAGACAGGUGGGGUGCCUAGAACUCUCGCGGUGGUCCUGUGGGGUGAGGGAAGAUGUUCCCCUGCCUGAAGGAAGGUCUUGGGCCAUGUCCUGUUGAUGCUGCUGUUGGCAUCCCCCACCGGCCCCAAGCUCUCUUGUUAGGAACGUGGAGACUAGAUGAACAGUCUCCUGAGGGGAAGGUUGGUGUUGGAGUGGCAGUCACUCUUUCUGGGCAAGCUGGCCUCUCGGGCCUUCCCCAUCCUCUUCUGUUAUCUGAAUAAAACCAGGGUAGUAUCUUUUCUGACUUUUAGUUCCCAAUUCCCAUUAAGCGCUAACUCAAGACAGCUGGGUGUUCGCACCAUGCACUGUUAAAAAUCAUAGUAUAUACUCACUGUGAAGUAGAAAUGACAAACAAUCCACAGGUCCCAGUAGUAAAACAUUUACUAGAGCAAGCAGAAAGGAAUGCACAUCUUAAAGAAACCUUCACAAAGUCACAAAAUUCGAAGUAUGUAUAUUUCUUUUCCUUUUAUAAACAAGAUAGAACAAAAAAAUCAUCAAAAUCAUUUCAGCAAAAGAUUUUUCUACCAUUGUGGCAAGUUAAAAAAAAAAUACAAUGAAAUAGAAGACACUUUAAAAGCUGUUGAGUUUUUGUUUUUUGUUUUUUUGUUUUUUGUUUUCAAUUUAGUAACACUUCAGACCUGGAGCAGUCUUGGUUCCAGGAUCUUCCUCUUCGAGGGUAGAGGCUCUCUGGGUCUGGCAGGCUGCUGCUUCCUGUCUCAGGACUGGAUACAAACCUGGCUGGGAAACCUGAGCAUGGACUCCCACUUAGACAUCUCCCUUCCCUGCAAAAUCUAGAAGCACCAAAAUGCUUCCCCAAAUCUCUAACAAACGCUUCAGUGGGUUGGGUUUGCAGAAAGCCAACUCCUAAAAAGCGGACUGCCUGGCCACAUGGCUAAGAAAAGAAAUCUUACUUGUAGAUGUUUAUAAGGUGACAUUUUAGUAAAAAAUAUAACGCUACAUAUAAUAUAAACCUAGAGUGAGUUUUGUGCCCUAGAAGGCCCUUUCUUUCAGGGUAUCCUCAAUUGACCUUCACAACUCACCCAGAGCCCAACAGAAGGUUCCCAGCUCUCACUGCUUCCAAGGACCAAAGCAGCUUCCCAAGACAUCUGAAAACUGAUCCAGAUGAAGGGGUCAUGUCUCCAAGCUCCAGCUAAUCCACUAAGGGCAGAGGGUCCUUAUACCUUGGGCCCCAACCCAGCCCUGAGACACCUAGUUACCAAAAAUCUUUCUAAAAAUAAAAUUAAAGACAACUGA